AUGAAUAUACAACAACCGACUGAACCAUCAGUCGAGAAAUUAGAAGAGAAAGCAAGAAAAUGGCAACAAAUGCAAUCAAAGCGUUAUGGAGAAAAAAGAAAGUUUGGUUUUAUUGAACAUGAAAAAGCUGAUAUGCCACCAGAGCAUAUCAGAAAGAUUAUUAAAGAUCAUGGAGACAUGUCGAGUAAGAAAUACAGACACGAUAAAAGAAUUUAUUUAGGUGCCUUAAAAUAUGUACCACAUGCAGUAUUAAAGUUGCUAGAAAAUAUGCCAAUGCCUUGGGAACAAGUUCGUGAAGUACCCGUUUUAUACCAUAUUACUGGAGCAAUCACAUUCGUUAAUGAAAUUCCAUGGGUUAUUGAACCUGUAUACAUAGCGCAAUGGGGUACUAUGUGGAUUAUGAUGCGUCGCGAAAAACGCGAUAGACGACAUUUUAAGCGUAUGCGUUUUCCUCCAUUUGAUGACGAAGAACCUCCAUUGGAUUAUGGUGAUAAUAUUUUAGAUGUAGAACCAUUGGAAGCAAUUCAAAUGGAAUUAGAAGAAGAUGAAGAUGCUCCAGUUUAUGAGUGGUUAUAUGAUCAUAAACCCUUGAUGGACACUAAGUUUGUGAAUGGAUCAACAUACCGGCGGUGGAAAUUAAGUUUGCCUAAAAUGUCAACUUUAUAUCGUUUAGCACAUCAAUUGUUGUCAGACUUGACAGAUCAAAAUUAUUUUUACUUAUUUGAUUUAAAGUCAUUUUUCACUGCUAAAGCAUUAAAUUUGGCAAUUCCUGCUGGACCAAAAUUUGAGCCAUUGUAUAGAGAUAUGGAUGCGGCUGAUGAUGAUUGGAAUGAGUUCAAUGAUAUAAAUAAGAUUAUUAUCAGGCAACCUAUUCGUACAGAGUACAAAAUAGCUUUCCCCUUCCUAUAUAAUUCUUUGCCACGCUCCGUUCAAGUAUCAUGGUAUCACGAACCUUCGGUCGUUUAUAUUCGUGCCGAAGAUCCUGAUUUACCUGCAUUUUAUUUUGACCCUAUCAUAAAUCCUAUUUCAUCGCGCAAUGUUGCUGCUGCACAAGAACUUCGAAAUUUACUAGAAAACGAAAUAUUUGGUGAAAAAGAGAUAGAUACAGGAUUUUCACUUCCAAGCAGAGUGGUACCAUUUUUAGAAGAUCGACCAUUAUAUACAGAUACGACAGCUGACGGGAUUGCAUUAUGGUGGGCCCCUUAUCCUUUUAAUAAACGUAGCGGUCGUAUGAGACGAGCUGAAGAUAUACCUUUAGUAAAGAAUUGGUAUCUUGAACAUUGUCCUCCUGGACAGCCUGUUAAAGUUCGCGUCUCUUAUCAAAAGCUCAUAAAAUGUUAUGUUUUAAAUGCUUUGAAACAUCGCUCUCCGAAAUCCUUGAACAAGAAAUACUUGUUCCGUCAACUUAAAUCUACAAAAUUCUUCCAAACUACUGAAUUGGAUUGGGUCGAGGCAGGAUUACAAGUUUGUCGUCAAGGCUAUAAUAUGCUUAACCUUUUGAUCCAUCGUAAGAAUCUCAAUUACUUGCAUUUGGAUUACAAUUUCAACUUAAAACCUGUGAAAACACUUACCACCAAAGAACGUAAAAAGUCUCGAUUCGGAAAUGCCUUCCAUUUAUGUCGAGAAAUUUUACGGUUAACCAAGCUGGUCGUUGAUUCACACGUACAAUAUCGUUUGGGAAAUGUAGAUGCAUUUCAGUUAGCUGAUGGUUUACAAUACAUAUUUGCACAUGUCGGUCAACUCACUGGAAUGUACAGAUAUAAAUACCGUCUAAUGAGGCAGAUUAGAUUGUGUUUUAGCGGUGACACCAAAAUUAUGAUGCCUAACGGAACUUUUAAAGAAGCAAAGGAUAUAGCUGUUGGAGAUCAAGUAAUGGGUGAUGACGGUGAACCUCGUCGUGUAAUUUCACGUACUCGAGGUCAUGGCAUUAUGUAUCGCAUAAAUUUCUCUAAAAUAAAAGAUGAUGGGUUCGUUUGUAACGGACAACAUAUUCUCGUGCUUAAGUCCAAAUUCCAUCCUACGAUAGAAGUAGACGAAAAAGGACAAUCGAUUACUGUUGUUUAUAUGUCAUACGAUACAUAUGACAGAGAACUUGGUUUAAAAAUUCCGACAGUUUCUUCUAAAAGCUUUUCUUGGAAUCUUAACGUAUAUGAUAGUUAUGAAGCAGCGAAGAAAGCGGCUUCUAAACGUUUAGAAGAACUAAAUAUGCUUGGAUAUAAAGGUCAGCUUUGCUCAGGCUUUAAUCGAUGGAUAAUACAAUUAAGUUACGAAUCACCAUAUACCAAACCUUUGGAAUAUGAUGGACUUAAUUUUUACUGGAAACAACCAAAAAAUAAGAGAAUCUAUAAACAUAAGGACGCUAUAAUUCGUGCAAGUAAUUUUGUAGAAAAACAAAAUGAAUUCAUUAGAAAUUUUGUUUGGGAAGUUUCCGUUGAGAAUUACCUGCGAUUUCAUAAAAAAUAUCCAUAUGUUGCCGAUUAUAUUAGAAUGUACCGGUGUUCCAUUCUAAAAUUCCCUGAAUUAAGUAUUUUAAAUAUUAAAUCUAUAAUUGAAGAUUCAUAUAAAGAAGCUGGUGUUUACAGCAAUUACAUUGAUGAGGGCGAACUUGCUUGGCUUUUUGGUGCAUGGCUCGGCAACUACAAUACAUCAAGGCCAAUAAUAUAUCUUCACCCAGAGAGUUCUCGUAACAUGAUAAUUAAAUUAAAAGAGAUUUCUGAAAAAUUACAACUUAAUCUUGUAAUGGAGGACACGGAUGCUGAGUUAAUUUCUAAAUCCGGUCAAAAUAAAUCCAAUAUCUUUAUAAAUAUUCUCAAGCGUUUGGGAAUAUUUGAAAACAAUAAAGCACUUGAUGAUAACUUGAUAUGUGGCUUUACAAAUCAAUCAGAACAUUUUCGACUUAAUAUUUUGGCAGGACUUAUUGAUACCAACGGCUAUAUUAAAUAUCAUAAACAAAAUCGUUGUUGUUAUGAAGUUUCUCAAGAUUUAAAAUCUCAUACACGUAUCGAGCGCCUUGUACGUCACGUGGCACUUUCAUUGGGGUUAAAGGCAACGAUUAGAACUGAUGUAGAAGAACUUCAUGAUAAUGAUAAAACAAGAAUCGCAGAAUCUGUUCGAACCUUUAUUAGUGGAUCAAAAAUCAAUGACAUUCCAGUUGUUGUUGAUCAUAAACGAAUACCUGGAGAACAAAGGUUGAUGACAUUUAGUGAUUCUAAUGGAUACAUUAAAUUUUCCAUUGAGCGCUUAAAUGAUGAUAAUUACUAUGGCUUUGGGGUAGAUGGAAACAAUGAAAGGAUUUUACUAAAAGAUUUCUUGGUGUCACAUAAUUGUAAAGACUUGAAACAUCUUAUUUAUUAUCGUUUUAACACGGGACCAGUAGGGAAAGGUCCGGGUUGUGGUUUUUGGGCACCAGGAUGGCGUGUUUGGCUAUUUUUCAUGAGGGGAAUCGUUCCUUUAUUAGAACGAUGGCUUGGAAAUUUAUUGGCACGUCAUUUUGAAGGUCGUCAUUCUAAGGGAAUUGCCAAGACUGUAACAAAACAACGUGUUGAAUCUCAUUAUGACCUUGAACUUCGUGCUGCUGUUAUGCAUGAUAUCUUGGAUAUGAUGCCGGAAGGCAUCAAAGCUAAUAAGUCAAAGACUAUAUUACAGCAUCUUAGUGAGGCUUGGAGAUGUUGGAAAGCAAACGUUCCUUGGCAUAUUAUGGGAAUGCCUAAACCGAUCGAAAAUAUGAUUCUUAGAUAUGUUAAGAGCAAGGCUGACUGGUGGACCAGCGUAGCGCAUUAUAAUCGGGAAAGAAUUCGAAGAGGUGCAACCGUUGACAAAACGGUUUGCAAAAAAAAUCUUGGACGUUUGACGCGUUUAUGGUUGAAAGCCGAACAAGAGCGUCAACAUAAUUAUCUUAAAGAUGGUCCUUAUAUUACCGCUGAAGAGGCCGUUGCGAUUUACACGUCCACUGUCCAUUGGUUAGAAAGUCGUAAAUUUUCACCCAUUCCUUUCCCACCACUUUCAUAUAAACAUGACACCAAAUUAUUAAUUUUGGCGCUCGAAAGAUUGAAAGAGGCUUAUAGUGUUAAAGGAAGACUUAAUCAAAGUCAACGCGAAGAAUUGGGAUUAAUCGAACAAGCUUAUGACAAUCCACACGAAGCCCUUAGUCGAAUUAAACGUUUAUUGUUGACUCAGCGUGCAUUUAAAGAAGUCGGAAUCGAAUUUAUGGAUCUUUAUAGCCACUUGAUUCCAGUAUUUGACGUUGAACCUCUUGAAAAAAUUACUGAUGCGUAUCUCGACCAAUACUUAUGGUACGAGGGAACAAAGAGAAAUUUAUUUCCCGCAUGGAUUAAACCUUCUGAUACUGAACCACCUCCAUUGCUUGUUUAUAAAUUCUGUCAAGGCAUUAACAAUUUGACAGAUGUAUGGGAUACAUCUGAAGGACAAAUUAAUGUCAUGUUAGAAACUCAAUUUAGUAAAGUCUAUGAAAAGAUAGAUUUGACUUUAUUAAACAGAUUGUUACGAUUAAUCCUGGAUCACAAUCUUGCAGAUUACAUGACAGCGAAGAAUAACGUAGUGCUAAACUACAAAGACAUGAAUCAUGUUAAUGCAUACGGUCUAAUUCGUGGUUUGCAAUUUGCAAGUUUCAUAUUCCAAUAUUAUGGCCUCAUUCUUGACUUGUUAGUUCUUGGAUUACAACGAGCAUCUGAAAUGGCAGGGCCAGCCUCGAUGCCUAAUGACUUUCUUCAAUUCCGUGAUGUUGCAACCGAAACUAGACAUCCGAUAAGAUUAUACUGUCGUUAUAUUGAUAAAGUUCACAUAUUUUUCCGAUUUAAUGCUGAAGAAGCUAGGGACUUGAUUCAACGUUAUUUAACAGAACAUCCUGAUCCAAAUUCAGAAAAUAUAGUUGGAUAUAAUAAUAAGAAAUGUUGGCCACGAGAUUGUAGGAUGAGACUUUUCAAGAGUGAUGUUAAUGCUGGAAGAGCAGUAUUUUGGGAUAUCAAAAAUAGAUUACCUCGUUCAUUAACUACGAUCGAAUGGGAGGACACUUUUUGUAGUGUUUAUUCUAAAGAUAAUCCAAACGUUUUGUUUUCAAUGUGUGGUUUUGAAGUAAGAAUACUUCCAAAGAUUCGAAAUCUUAAUGAAGAAUUUACACUUAAAGAUGGUGUAUGGAACUUGAUUAAUGAACAAACAAAAGAAAGAACUGCACAAGCUUUCCUUCGCGUUGAUGAAGAAUCGAUGCAAAAAUUUCAUAAUCGUGUCCGUCAAAUUUUAAUGGCUAGCGGAAGUACCACAUUCAGUAAAAUCAGUAACAAAUGGAACACCUGCUUAAUUGGUUUGAUGUCUUAUUAUAGAGAAGCGGUUGUACAUACUCGUGAACUGUUGGAUAUUAUUGUGAAAGCAGAAAAUAAGAUUCAAACCAGAAUUAAGAUCGGUCUUAACAGUAAAAUGCCUAGUCGUUUCCCUGUGCACGUAUUUUAUUGUCCCAAAGAAUUGGGUGGUCUUGGUAUGUUGUCGAUGGGUCACGUGCUUAUUCCUCAAUCUGAUUUACGCUGGAGUAAACAAACAGAAACACAGAUUACACACUUUCGUGCCGGGAUGUCACAUGAAGAAGAUCAAUUGAUUCCUAAUUUAUUCCGAUACCUUCAACCAUGGGAGUCCGAAUUCAUUGAUUCUCAACGUGUAUGGGCGGAAUAUGCGCUCAAGCGUCAAGAAGCUAAUGCUCAAAAUAGAAGAUUAACACUUGAGGAUCUUGAAGAUUCUUGGGAUAGAGGUUUACCUAGGAUUAAUACUCUGUUCUCAAAGGAUCGACACACCCUUGCUUACGAUAAAGGAUGGCGGGUCAGAAAUGAUUUUAAACAAUAUCAAGUACUAAAGAAUAAUCCAUUCCAUUGGACGAGUUCGCGUCAUGACGGUAAACUUUGGUCUCUCAACAAUUAUCGAACUGAUGUCAUCCAAGCACUUGGAGGUCUUUUCUGGGAGAAAGCAUCUGGAUUUGAGGAAUCUAUGAAAUAUAAGAAAUUAACAAAUGCUCAAAGAUCCGGUCUUAAUCAAAUUCCCAACAGAAGGUUCACCUUAUGGUGGUCGCCAACUAUUAACCGUGCCAAUGUCUACGUUGGUUUCCAAGUACAACUUGAUCUCACGGGUAUCUUUAUGCAUGGAAAAAUUCCCACAUUGAAAAUUUCAUUAAUUCAAAUAUUCCGGGCUCAUUUAUGGCAAAAAGUAUUCGAUUCGGAGCUUGAAAGUUUACAGAUUGAAACAGUUCAAAAGGAGAGCAUCCAUCCGAGAAAAUCAUACAAGAUGAAUUCCUCGUGUGCAGAUAUAUUGCUUUUCGCCGCAUAUAAGUGGAAUGUAUCCAAACCAUCAUUAUUGAAUGAUAAUAAAGACACCAUGGACGGUACGACAACUUCGCGUUGGUUUGUUGAUGUACAGCUUAGAUUUGGUGAUUUUGAUUCUCAUGACAUUGAAAGAUAUACCAGAGCAAAAUUCUUGGAUUAUUCUACAGAUAAUAUGAGUAUAUAUCCAUCACCAUUUGGUAUUAUGAUUGGUAUAGAUCUUGCGUAUAAUUUACAUAGUGCGUAUGGUCAUUGGAUUCCUGGAAUGAAGCCAUUAAUACAAUCAGCAAUGGCCAAAAUUAUGAAGGCAAAUCCUGCGUUAUACGUCUUGCGUGAACGUAUCCGUAAAGGGUUACAAUUAUAUUCCUCAGAACCAACUGAACCUUAUUUAUCAUCACAAAAUUAUUCUGAAUUGUUUAGCAAUCAGAUUAUUUGGUUCGUUGAUGACACCAAUGUAUAUCGUGUAACAAUUCACAAGACCUUUGAAGGUAAUUUGACCACGAAACCAAUCAACGGAGCUAUUUUUAUUUUUAAUCCUAGAACUGGACAAUUGUUCUUGAAGAUUAUUCACACCUCGGUUUGGGCCGGUCAGAAGCGUUUGGGUCAAUUGGCCAAAUGGAAAACUGCAGAAGAAGUAGCUGCUUUAAUUAGGUCAUUACCAAUUGAAGAACAACCCAAACAAAUUAUUGUUACACGAAAGGGAAUGUUGGAUCCUCUUGAAGUGCAUUUACUUGAUUUCCCCAAUAUUGUUAUCAAAGGAAGUGAAUUACAACUUCCAUUCCAGGCUUGUCUUAAAUUAGAAAAGUUUGGUGAUUUGAUUCUCAAAGCUACUGAGCCUCAAAUGACAAUUUCAUCAUACACUGCAUUCUCGCGUCUUAUUCUUAUUUUACGUGCUUUACAUGUAAAUACGGAUAAAACAAAGAUGAUUUUACGUCCAGAUAAAAAUACCAUUACUGAACCUCAUCAUAUUUGGCCAACUUUGUCUGAUGAAGAAUGGAUUAAAGUUGAAGUUGCUUUGAAAGAUUUGAUUUUGGCAGAUUAUGGAAAAAAGAAUAAUGUUAAUGUAGCAUCUCUUACACAAUCGGAAAUUCGUGAUAUUAUCCUUGGAAUGGAAAUUUCCGCACCAUCUUUACAACGGCAACAAAUUGCAGAGAUCGAAAAACAAACCAAGGAGCAGUCUCAACUUACAGCCGUCACUACAAAGACACAAAAUGUACACGGUGAUGAGAUGAUUGUUACAACUACUAGUAAUUAUGAGACACAAACAUUUUCUUCGAAGACAGAAUGGCGUGUUCGGGCUAUCUCUUCGACAAAUUUACAUCUUCGUACCAAUCAUAUUUAUGUCAACGCUGAGGAUAUUAAGGAUACCGGAUAUACUUAUGUAUUACCAAAGAACGUAUUGAAACGAUUCAUUCAAGUUGCCGACCUCCGAACACAAAUUGCUGCAUUCCUUUAUGGAGUAUCACCUCGUGAUAAUGCUCAGGUUAAAGAAAUUAAGAGUUUGGUUAUAGUUCCACAAUAUGGUACGCAUCAAUCAGUAAACUUACCAUAUGCGUUGCCGGAUAACGAAUAUCUUAAAGAUCUUGAACCUCUUGGUCUUAUUGUUACUCAACCAUUCGAGACUGCACAAUUAUCUCCGACAAUCCUAUCUCUUCAUGCAAGAAUUGUAGCAGACAAUAGGAAUUGGGAUGCAGACAAAACAAUUUCGAUGACGGUUUCAUUCACACCUGGAUCUUGCUCUUUGACAGCAUAUAAAUUGACACCUGCCGGUUUCGAAUGGGCUCGUAAUAAUAAGGACACCUCUGUUAAUCCACCUGGUUAUCUUCCAACAUUUGCUGAAAAAGUACAAAUGUUGUUAUCUGAUCGAUUCAUGGGAUUCUUUAUGGUUCCGGAAAAUGAUAUUUGGAAUUAUUCAUUUAUGGGACCUAGUCACAGUGCAUCUAUGAAAUAUACCCUCAAAUUGGAUGUACCGAAGGAAUUUUAUCACGAAUUACACAGGCCGCAACAUUUUCUUAACUUUAGUUCAAUGGAGGAAGAUGUCGAAGCUGAUCGUGAAGACGCAUUUGCUUAG